AUGUUCCAAGAGAAAUUACUCAAUUUUCAGCGUGACUACCUUGGAAAACAUAAUCAUCGCCGUGGAAAAGCUAAAGAGUCUGCCAGCAGCGGUAUUAAAGUUGUCAAAGCCAAUUCCUGGAACCCCAAGGAACUUGAUGCCGCCUUCAAUGGCUGCUGGGGCCUAUGGGUAAGCACCAACUCGGACGACAUCAACUUCAAGAACGAGGCCGGCCCCCCCGAGUCACAAAUGGGCUGCAACAUCAUUGACGCUGCCAUCCCCCAAGGUAUCAACCAUUUCAUCUUUCAAAGCCUCUCCACUGCGUCUAAAAUCACCAACGUGGAGGUUCCUAUCCUAUCCUCUGACAACAAGGAAGCCGUUUCACGGAAGACGGCAUAG